AUGUAUUUCACCGUGUUCGGCUUCAACGGCGUUCAAAAAGGCCAAUGGGUAGCACGUGGUCUUAAAAUAGCUCAACUAGUCCAUCUAUCCCCCAAAGCAACGUUCACAGUUCAAAUGCUCGGCGAGGUCAUCGAUGCAAUCUUCAACUACAUCAUAACAAAAACUAUUGUUCCAAAUCGAUUCGACAUCUUCACUUCUAUUGAAAGAUCUAAUAUUUGGUCUGGACAAAACGUCCAGCAAUACAACACGCUAGUCCUAGCAUGGUCCAUCGCUGGCGACAUGGUUCCAUUGGGGCUCGCUCCCAAUGGUGAUGCGUUGGAUGGAGGAACACAGGUGAUGGUUUUCAUAUUGAGUUUUGCGGUUUUUGGGAGAAGCGGAAGGGCGCGUGAUUUCCCGCUCUGGGGAGAGAAUCAUGGAAGGUUUGCGAGUAAGAAUUUGUGA